AUGGGAGAAGAGUUGUAUACCAUUAAGUAUCGAGAAAACCCCGAAAAUAAACCUAAUUGGGAUGAAAGAUUAAGAAAAAGAGUUGCUCCUAAACCAAACCAGAUGACUCAGCAACCAACCCAGCCAAUUCCGAUAGAGGAAGUCAUUCCAGAACAACAACAGGCAAACAUUACACCUCAAACUAUCGCAAUCAACCCACCCAGACGAAGACGAGGGCUCUCCAUUGUUGAUUUAGCCGCACCAUAUAAUAUUGCUAAAGAUCUGCUUAAUCAAAAAGCCAACGCAAUCUAUGCUCAAAUGCUGCAGAUCCCCAAACAAAGGUGUAAUCUUGCUGAGGUGUUAAAACGACCCUUAAUUAUGGUGGUAGAAGAAUCCUGCGUUGCUGAAAAUCAAGCAAAAGAAAACCAGCUCGAAAUGCCCCCUGAAUUCGGUAAUGAAGAAAACGACUUCUUCGAUAAUUAUGAGAAAGAAAAGACGGAGGAAGUGGAAAGUUACUGCACCAAUGGAUCUAACGAUGAUGAAGAACUAUACAUUAACUCUUGGAAGGAUGAGUAUAGCCUGGCUAUAUAUUUAAUAUCAAUCGAAGAAAUACCCACCACCAGAAAAGAGGAAAACCCCGAUACAACCCCUAAAAACAACAUUAAUACAUUAGUACAAAUUGAGACAUUAGAUAAAGAACAAAAAGAAAAGGCUACUUAUCUCUUGAGGCGGUUUAGCGAUUUGUUCGCAACUGGGCUAGAUCAACUAGGCCAAACCAUAGAAGUACAACACAAAAUCGAUACUGAAAAAGGUGUUAGUUAUGAAUGGGGACCUCAGCAUGAACAAGCAUUUCAAGCACUAAAGGGUCACUUAACUUUAGCACCAGUAUUAAG